AUGGGAAAAGAAAAGACUCAUAUCAGCAUCACCGUCAUUAGACACCAAGAUUCAGGCAACCCCACUACUACCGGACAUCUGGUAGACAGAAGAACCAUUAAAAACUUUGAGAAGGAGGCUGCUGAGAUGGGAAAGGGCUUCUUCAAGUAUGCGUGGGUCCUAGAGAAACCUAAAGCUGAGUGUGAAUGUGGUGUCACCAUUGAUAUCUCCCUGUGGAAAUUUGAAAUGAGCAAGCAGUGGACCAGAAUGCUGCUGGAGCUGGCAAGGUCAACAGAUAUUCCCAGAAAACUCAGAAGGCUAAAUGUAUAUUAUCUCUAA